GCCAUAUAGUGAAUCGUACCAUAAAUUUUCCAAAUACAUAUUCGGGUCAUGAAAUCAUAUCAUGACUAUAUAACCUCCCCCUUGCCUCCAUAUCUACAAUUUACAUUUCUUUCGUACUUUCAUUCUACCACUAUACCAAUGGCCAUUCCUCCUGUAUCCUCUAUCUCCACCGAGCAGGAAAUGCCUCGCCCAAAGGAUGUCGGUAUUCUCGCAAUGGAGGUCUACUUCCCACACAGGUGCAUCUCUGAGGCUGACCUUGAGGUCUUCGACGGUGUUCCAGCAGGAAAAUACACCAUUGGUCUCGGCCAGGAGUACAUGGCCUGCUGCGAUGACCGUGAAGACAUCAACUCUUUUGCCCUCAAUGCCGUUUCUGGCCUUCUUGAGCGUUAUGACAUCGACCCCAAGUCCAUUGGUCGCAUUGACGUCGGAACUGAGACUAUUAUCGACAAGUCCAAGUCCGUGAAGACCACCCUCAUGGACCUCUUCGCCGAGUCUGGUAACUUCGAUAUUGAAGGUAUCGAUUCGAAGAACGCAUGCUACGGUUCCACUGCUGCGCUCUUCAACGCAGUCAACUGGGUCGAAUCCACGUCUUGGGACGGCCGUAAUGCUAUUGUUGUCGGCGGUGAUAUUGCUAUUUACGCCGAGGGCGCUGCGCGUCCCGCCGGUGGUGCCGGUGCCGUUGCCCUUCUCAUUGGUCCUAACGCACCUGUCGUCGUUGAGCCGAUUCACGGUAAUCACAUGACCAACACAUACGAUUUCUACAAACCUCGCCUAGACUCGGAGUACCCGGAGGUGGACGGGCCUGUCUCCGUUACUACCUACACUUCUGCACUCGAUGCUGCAUACUCACGUUUCCGUGAAAAAACCACCAAAGCCAAGAAGGCUCAGCUCAACGGUCAUGCGAAUGGCAAGGAGCCCCAGCCCUUCUCCAUCGAUGACAUCGACUACGCUAUCUUCCACAGCCCAUACGGCAAGCAGGUCCAAAAGGGUCUCGGUCGUCUAUUCUACAACGACUUCCUCACAAACUCCUCCUCGCCCUAUUUCGCUAACGUCGCUAACCCCGAAUCCGUCCUCGCAAUCUCAUACACCGCUUCCCUGACUGACAAGAACCUCGAGAAAACCUUCAUUGGUGUCUCCAAGGCUACAUACGCCAAGAAAGUCGAGCCUGGCAUGGCUUGCUCAAAACGCUUGGGUAACAUGUACACGGGUUCGCUUUACGGCUGCCUUGCCUCUGUCCUGUCUACCGUCUCGCCUUCCGACAUUUUGGGCAAGCGUUUGAGCAUGUUCGCGUUCGGUUCUGGUUGCGCUGCCAGCUUCUUCACACUCCGUGUCAAGGGUGACACGUCAGAGAUUCGGGAGAAGAUGGACUUGCUUGCUCGUUUGGCAAGCAUGAAGCUCGUGCCUUGCCAGGAGUACGUUGACGCCCUCACACUGCGCGAGAAGAACCACAACGCUGUGAACUACACGCCAGAGGGUUCCAUUGAGAACAUCUGGCCUGGCACGUUCUACCUCGAGAGCGUGGACAGCAAGUUCCGCCGCAAGUACGCACGCGCACCCAAGGCAUGAGUGAGUGUGGUCGGCGUAUCAUCAUCUUAUCAUCUUGCUUCAUGAUAUCAUUCUGGGCUAUGAUUGCAUUACAAUUAGAAGCAUAUACCUCAUCCGCAGUAGUAUGAUAGUGUUUAUAUAGUGUAGAAAAGAUGUAUUACUGCGGCGAUAAUACACAUGCAGACAGAAGACAACUUAACCAUUGCAAAUGAAACGAGUAUAUCCACUGAGAAGCAGAAGAAGGGGACUUGAAAAGAACUCCUUGUCGUGCCA